AUGUUCUCAAAUCUUCCGAAUGAGAUCUUGAGCAGGAUCUUCAGUCAUUUGUUGACUGAGUACCAAAAGCAACGCAUGGCAUGGGAUGAAUCCCUUGACGAUAUCGCCGACGUCCGACUUGUCUGUCGUCUCUGGAACGAUCUAGCGACCGAGCAACUAUUCCGCACCCUGACGUUGCAUAAUACCGUCGAUACGCAAGAGUCCCAUUUCGACUCUUGGCAGAGACUGCUAGACUCAGUGUCAAUCCAGAAGGCUGUUCGCCGCGUUGCUUUUGAAUCUUCUCUAGAAGAUGAUACAGGUUCAUGCACCACUGGACUUCGGCAAUAUCAUUUUGUAAACGCGGCGAUUAGCAGAAUAUCAGACAUGCCUAGACUUGACGCCGUGGAGAUACGGUUUGCAUCAUGUUGCGCUGGCAGAAAUGCCAACCGAGUUCCAUGGAUUCCUCAUAUGGAGCUUCCAGAUCCAGAACCAGCGGAGGUACGGUUCGAUACGCUCAUAAGCCUCAUUCAAGCCAUGUACGACCGAGGUCUCAGCUAG